AAGAAGUGUCAGCUGGAAACUGGAAUGUGGAAUGGGAGAAGAAUAUCAGUGAUUGAUACUCCUGCCAUCUUUUCAGGAAAUGGGCAGUCCUUAUGUCAGACAACUUUCGCUUUCCAUCUGCCUUUUGCUGCUCACACAAAGCCAGGCUCCAGGCACACCCUACACCAACGCUGAUUCCAAAGCUCAGAUCUUUGAGAAGGGAGACAGAAGGCUGUGCAUUUUGGUAAAGCCACAGUGCCCGGAUUGGCCAGAAGUUGCACCCUGUAAUCAUCAAAGGCUAUAGUGAAGACAAUCCUGACAACAUGAGUGAGGAGACAAGCCAUGGUUACGGACACCAAGAACCCAGCAAAAAGCAACUGAGACUUGUCCUGGUGGGUAAAACAGGAGCUGGGAAAAGUGCAACAGGGAACAGCAUCCUUGGAAAACGAGUAUUUGAGGCAAGACUAGCAGCAAAGUCAGUGACCAAGAACAGUGUGAAAACAAGCAGAUUGUGGAAUGAGCGAGAAAUUGUAGUUGUGGAUACUCCUGGGAUUUUUGACACUGAUGUGUCUAAUGUGGACACUUCAAAGGAGAUCAGUCGCUGCCUCAUUAUGUCCUCCCCUGGGCCUCAUGCCAUCAUCCUGGUGGUCCCACUCAGUCAUUAUACCAAGGAGGAACAAGAUGCAGUAAAGAAGAUCCUGAGGAUUUUUGGUUCCAAAGCCAAGAAACAUAUGAUCCUUUUAUUGACCCGGAAGGAUGAUUUGGAAGGUGCUGAUUUGAAUCAAUACUUAGGUGAAACUAAGAAUGAAGCUUUGAAAGACCUGAUUGGCCAGUUUGAUGGAAGAUACUGUGCAUUCAACAACAGGGCCACUGGAAAUGAGCAGGAGAGCCAGCUAAUAGAACUUCUGCGAUUGGUUGAGCAAGUAGUACAGAAGAAUGGAGGCUCUUGCUACACAAACCAGAUGUAUAAACUGGCAGAAAAGAAGAUUCAGAAAGAAACUGAAGCAUUGCAAAGAUCCUACUUGCAAGACCUGGAAAGACUGAAAAAGGAAAUAAGACAAGAAUAUGAAGAGGCAAUCAGAAACUUAAAGGAUGAGCUGGAGCGAAAAGAAAGAGAAAAAGAAAUGCAUAAGGAACUUGCAGAAAAAGAAGCUUUCUAUGAAAAUAAGCAAAGAGAUGCCAGAAAUGAGGUUAUGAACUUUAAUGAGUUCUUUGAAAAUUUCCUGAAAAUCUUGGGAGUAGCUGCUGACCUCAUUAAAUUUCUAUUUAAGGAUUAAGGAACUUGAUAAAACUAUUUUAUGUUUUCUGCUGCUUUCCCAGCAUCUUCCUUCUCUAUUGGUUAUUAAUGAAUACUCAGGCAUCGAAAGUCUAUCCUACCAGUCAUGUGUCCAAGAAGAAAGAUAGUUGCAAACUUUUGCUCAUAACAACUACACUAAUAUUUAAUAACUAACAUCUCAGUCUGAAAAUAAAAGGACAGAUUAUUUUCCUGUGAAAAUCCAGAAAAGGAAAUUCUAACUCAUUCUGAACUGGAAAAUUUCCCUCCAAGAUUCAGAGGAGGAAAAAAAGAACAAUAGUCAAGAGUGCAAAUGGAUUUUAAUAUUUCUUCGUCUUCUCCUCCCUAGAAAGGGAAUGUAUUCUCUGUGUGGUGACUCUCACUCAAUUUCAGUUGCUGUCAUCAUCAAGGAACAUGUCCUCUGACUCUCAUUCUUGUGGGGAAAAGUGGAGUUGGGAAGAGUGCAACAGGAAACAGUAUCCUCAAGAAAGCUGAAUUUAUUUCCAAACUGUCAGCACAACCUGUAACUAAGGAAGUAAAUGAAGGUUAUGGGACAUGGAAAAGAGGGAAACUGGUUGUCGUGGAUACUCCUUCCAUCUCAAAAGAUGUAGAUUUGAUAAACAGGUGGAAAAAGGAUUUUUGCAUUCUAAUUAUGGUGAUUCAAUUGGGCCGGUACACAAAAGAGGACAGGAAAGUCUACAGAUCUGUGAAAAAGAUUUUUAAAAAGGCCCGUAAGAAAAUGGUUCUGCUUUUUACAAGGAAAGAAGAUUUAGAGGGGGGCAGUCUGAGUGAUUAUGUGAAAAAUUCAGACAAUAAGCAUCUUACGAGGCUCAUUAAAAAACAUAAGAUUCCAUACUGCGCUUUCAAUAACAAAACUGCCGAAGAGGAAGAGAAGCAAAGUCAAUUGGAUGACCUGAUGGGAAAAAUUGAGUCUCUCAAAUAUGUUAAAACUGUACUCCAAACACAGUAAGAUAGGCAAGUUCUGCCUUCUGCAUUUCCGCACCCUCUUUUCAGAGCUCUUCUCCUCCUAUCCCUGCUCCAAGUUCUUUAUUGUCAGCCCCCUGACAGCCCAGGGCUCCUGACUAUAGUCCCUCUCCAGGGAAGAGAGACUUUGUGUGGCACAGAGAGUUCUUGGAGACACCAAGGACAUCAAGAGCUGUAGUCCAGAGUUAUGAGUUCCCCUGGCAUAUGGUUUCCCUUAUUUAUGUGGCCUCCCUGCCAGGUUUCUCUAAAUCUGUCCUCAGUCUCCUCUACAGACAUUGCAUGCAUUAGUGCAAGAGCAUGACUCAGAUUCAUGUAUGGACUCAGAUGUUCUGAUCAUCCCUGAUUAUGCCUUUGAUUGAAUAACUGGUGUUUGAUUAUUACUGUUUGUUCUCUCUCGUGAAUAAUUGCUAUGAUUAUUCCUAGUUCUGUUUUAUUUUCGAAAAAUAAAUAUAUGUGCAAGAAUGCA